CCUGCAGAACCUCUCAACAUGAAUCACUAUGCCACUAAAAAGAGUGUAGCAGAGAGUAUGCUGGAUGUGGCACUGUUGAUGGCAAAUGCCUCCCAGAUGAAAUCUGUUCUGGAGCAGGGCCCUGAGUUCAGGUACUACCUCACUGUCAUCAUACUCAUCGCUGCCUCACUCUUCUUCCAAGUACUAGCUGGGGCUCUGUUCAUCAGCAUGGGCGACUCGCAAAACCUCAUUGAAUUAGCCAAUCAGAGGAAGCUGGACAUAAUGAAUCAUGUGGCCACUGCACUGGUGGUUCUCACUGUCAUCAUCAACAUUUUCAUCACAGCAUUUGGUGUGCAGAAGACAGGUCUCUAUCCUAAGCAGUAA